ACAAAAAAAUAAGUCUCUUAAUGUCUACAAAUUAACCUUAGAAUUCAAGAUAUCAUGAACUGUCCCUUUGUUCUAUUUAGAUCUGAGGAGCAGGCCAUUUUCAAUGACGUCUUCAUAGCAAAGGAUGAAGACGUCACACGAUUUGUCAACCAUGUUCACAGCACAACAAAACAUGUCUCCGGAAGAGGUGUUUGUGGCGGGGAAUGGUCGGCGGCUCGAGAGACGUCCCAAAAAUCAGCCAGCAAACUGGACGAGGAGGGACUGGAGCUGGCUGUUUGUCGUCAUGGAGUCCUCCUCUGUGCCCUCAACAUGUACAGGGGAGAAAUCUUUGCCUAUCCCCUUUUUCUCCAGGAAAAGCUGGCCAGUAGUAGGCCUACAUUCUUUUGCAUGGAUGUAGCCUGCAAGUACUGGCCAUACCUGCAGAAAAUCAUCAAAAGCUGCCCCGAGUUUCAACAUCUGCUGGAAAUGAAGCCCUUCCUCUCGGUGUUUCAUGCAAAAGCCCAUGAUUUUAAAUGUGAAAUCAAAUGGAGUGGAGCAUUCCUGGAGGGGGCUGGGUUAACACUUGGGGAGGAGGUGGAACAAGUGAAUGCCUUCGUCUCUAGGAUAGCAGUUACGACAAAGCACAUGUCAAAAGCAGGUGAGUUGGCGACAAGGUAUAAACUUUGGUUUAGGAAAUAGGCAAAAUAGUGAUAAGAUCAUAUUUUCUGUUGUAGGGCGUAACGACAUGUUAACACUCAUGGCCAUGCGGUGGAAUGAGCAGAUGAUGAAGAACUUGGCCACCUACCUGUCCCGCAGAUAUUUAAAAGUAUAUAUAUAUUUUUUAAGCUAUUUUUGGUAGUUAUGAGUUUAAUUUUUACUUAAUUAUUCCAAUGUCUCUGAUUGUUUGUAGACCACAAAAGCUCUCG